ACUGCGCUGUGGUUCCACCCGCUUCCAGCUGACACACCUGCAGACGCCUCACGCCCAGGAGCUGGCACGUCCACUGCGGUCACACGACAGCACCGUGUCCACGCUGGAUACCCAGCAGGGGCACAUGCGACAGAAUAUACAGCCAGAGCGCAUUUAGACUUCUAAACCAUCAGUGGCUGACAGAAACAGAGUUUCCUGAAAAACUCAGGCAGUUAUAUACUGUCAUUGCCAAAUAUGGCUACCGGCUCCAUAAUUACCAGGCCAGACUCCUCAUGUCUAAGGAGCAACAGGAACUUUUAAAGAAAGAAAGGCAGACUUUGGAGAACUAUUCUCGUCAAAUUCUGUUUUUAAAUGAACAAAUAGAUGUUCUGGAGGCGUUGCUUAAAGACAUGAAGGACGGCGCACACAAUCACAGCUUGCCUGUUCAUCGAAAGGCUGUGCAGGACCAGGCCAUGGAUGACGUUCUAGAUGAGGAAAUAUCAAACUUGGUACAUUAUGUACUUAAAAAGUACAGAGGGGACCAAAUACAGUUGGCUGAUUAUGCCCUGAAGUCAGCAGGAGCCUCUAUCAUUGAAGCUGGGACCUCAGAAAGUUACAAGAAUAAUAAAGCAAAACUGUACUGGCAUGGGAUAGCGAUCUUCAACUAUGAGACUCCUCCAGACAUGAUCCUUCAGCCAGAUGUCCACCCAGGGAAGUGCUGGGCCUUUCCAGGUUCCCAGGGUCACAUCCUGAUUAAGCUCGCCAGGAAGAUCAUCCCGACAGCAGUUACCAUGGAGCACAUCUCGGAGAAGGUGUCCCCUUCCGGAAACAUCUCGAGUGCACCCAAGGAGUUCGCUGUCUAUGGCGUUAUGAAGAAAUGUGAAGGAGAAGAAAUAUUCCUAGGUCAAUUUAUCUAUAACAAAAUGGAAGCAACUAUUCAAACAUUUGAGCUCCAGAAUGAAGCUUCUGAAUCGUUGCUAUGUGUAAAACUUCAAAUCCUUAGCAACUGGGGACAUCCAAAAUAUACGUGUUUGUACCGAUUUAGAGUCCACGGCAUCCCCAGUGAUUACACUUAGAAGAGCUGGUGCAGAAGGCAGUGGCUGUGCAGCCAGAAUGCCCAAGGAUGCUUACUAUCUCCUUACGUCAGAUUGCUCCCCUAAGAGUCAAAGAUUGGGAGUGAGAAGGAAACCCCAAACUCAUUCUUACUAGGCAUUAAUAAGUGAAUGAAUUUUACUAGUUAAAAAAAAUGAAAGUCAAUCC